AUGAAGGUGGAUCUUAACGUUUGGAGGCGACGCGCUGCGCUAAAUUUUACAGCUUGCCUAACACUGUUGGUGGCAGCGGCAGCGUCAGGCGUCCUCGCGGCCGGCCCGCUCGGCCCGUCGGAGCGCCCGGAGGCCUACUUCAACGGCUCUUCCUACAUCCGCCUCGCCAAGCCCUUCUCACUCAAACAGCUCGUCGGGCUCAGCUUCAGGACGUGUGUUGGAGGCGAGCUGUUCUCCCAGAGAUUCGAAGGCUACACCCUGCACGUGACAGCUCUGUUCGAGCAGGUAGUGGUGUCGUGGGCGCGGCCCGGACAAGAGCACAGAGAGGUGGGCCUCGCCAAAGAGACGCUCGACAACCAAUGGCACUGGAUCGCGCUGCGAUACAAACCAAAUCCACCGUCGUUGCUGCUAGAGGUCGAUAAAGAUACUCAGGUGAUAUCGAACGUGACGUGGAACCCGGAGCUGCUGUCGCCGAGCCCGUUGGAGGCGGAGGGCGCGGUGGUGCUGGUGGGCAACCUGUUUAGCGGCUGCGUGCACGAGGGCCCGCAGCUGGAGUUCCACCCCGCGCACGUGCUGCACGCCGCCGUGCGCUUCGGCCACUGCCCGCUCACUACCGACGACUGCAUAGAUAGAAAAGACGUUUUAAGGAUACCACCAAAAGAUCACUGUUACAACGAGCCAUGUUUGCGACACGGGACUUGCAUAUCGAGGCACGACAGAUACGAGUGCCACUGCACGGCGCGCUACACGGGCAACAACUGCGAGGUGGACGCGGGCGACCCGUGCGCCGCCGCGCCCUGCCGCCACGGCGCGCGCUGCGUGGAGGACGCGCGCGGCGACGUCGCCUGCCUCUGCCCGCCGCACUACCACGGUACAUACUGCGAGCUGGAGGAGUCGCUGGACCCGCAGUGCGUGGCGCGGCCGUGCCGCAACGGCGGCAGCUGCCGCGUUCCGGCCGGCGCCGGCGCCGACGCCUACGUGUGUGACUGCCCCCCUGGUUACACCGGGCGGGACUGCGAGACGGACGUGGACGAGUGCGCGGCGGCGGCGGCGGCGGGCGCGCGCGCCUGUCUGCACGGCGGCCGCUGCCUCGACGCCGCCAACGCCUACACCUGCGACUGUACAGGCACCGGGUACACGGGCGCGCGCUGCGAGAGCAACGUGAACGAGUGCGAGGAGGAGCGCGGCGUGUGCGGCCACGGCGCCUGCUACGACACCUACGGCGGCUUCGUGUGCGCCUGCCUGCCCGGCUACACCGGCGAGCGCUGUCGCAACAUGUCAGCGUGCGCGUCAGGCCCUUGCGGCGUGGGCGGCGCAUGCGUGGAGGAGAACAACGGCGCGGGCUUCCGCUGCGUGUGCGCGCGCGGCACCGAGCCGCCGCUGUGCGCGCCCGCCGCGCCGCCCACCACGCCGCCCGCCCCCGCGCCGCCCGCGCCCGCGCCCGCCGCCUGCGCCGACCUCGCCUGCCCGCCGCGCUCGCACUGCCGCGCUGGCAUGCCGGCCAUGGUGGCCGGCGUGACGGUGACGAAGCAAGUGCUGUGCGUGUGCGACCUCGGGUACUACGGCGCGCCGGGGCCGGCGCCCAACUGCAGCGCGCUGGAGGUGGCGUGCGAGGCCGGCGUGUGCCUCAACGGCGGCUCCUGCGUGCGCGCCGCCGACCGCCUCGACUGCCUCUGCGCGCCCGGGUACAAGGGAGUGUACUGCGAGCUGGGCCCGGCGGGCAAGGCGCUGGCGGAGCGCUGCGCCGCCGCGCCCUGCGCGCACGCGCUCGCCUGCCGCGACCUUGCUACCGGAUUCCACUGCGAGUGCGAGCCGGGUUGGACGGGGCUGCGCUGCGACGCGCCGGUGGGGGCGGGCGCGGCGGCGGGGGCGGGCGGCGAGGCGGAGGGCGCGGCGGGCGAGGGCGAGUGCCGCGGCGACGCGUGCGAGUGCCGCCCCGGCUACGGCGGCGAGCGCUGCGAGCUGGCGCUGGACUGCCGUGCCACAUCUUGCCCGCCCAGACAGGAAUGCGUGGAGCAGGGCGGCGCGUGGCGCUGCGGCGCGGCGGGCGCGGACAGCGCGUGCGCGUCGGCGCCCUGCAACAACGGCACGUGCCUGGCGCUGGACGACGGCCUCGUGCGCUGCCAGUGCCCGCCCGGACACAACGGUACGCCCCUCACACCCCAUCUUACUCCAUACUACUCGCUGCCAUUACGUAGACUACUUACUCUUGCUCAUUUGUUCAACCGACCAAUUUAC